CAAAGUCUUUAUCAAUUGGAUCUCUACAUAAACACUUUUUAACAUCAAUUCAAUCACAUCUGAAAUGGGAAACAGCCACACAACCGCCUCGUCCACCGCCGAUGACACCACCGCCGCCGCCGAUCCGGCGAACCUCCAAGAGUACAACUCUGUGGCCAUCCCUCCCGGCGGCAUUAUUACCAUUCUUAGCAUCGACGGAGGUGGCAUCCGUGGCAUCAUUCCCGGCACCAUUAUCGCUUAUCUUGAAGAGCAACUUCAAGCGUUGGACGGUCCAGAUGUAAGAGUUGCGGACUAUUUCGAUGUGAUCGCCGGAACCAGCACCGGAGGACUCAUGACCACCAUGUUAGCCGCGCCGGACAAGAACAAGCGCCCCCUCUACGCCGGCAAGGAUCUUGUUCCUUUCUACAAGGAGCACGGAGCAAAGAUCUUUCCAUCAGCUGGAAUAUUUGAAACGGUGAGAGAUGCAACCAGCUUGCUCUCAGGUCCCAAGUACGAUGGAAAAUACCUACACCAGUUAAUACAGAAUCUGUUAGGAGAUACUCGUUUGGGUCAAACUUUGACUCACGUUGUCAUUCCUACCUUCGAUAUCAAGACCUUCCAACCCACAGUUUUUACCACCUGUGACGUUAAGGAUUCCCCCGAAAAGAAUGCUAAGUUGUCCGACAUAUGCAUCGGAACCUCCGCCGCUCCGACAUACUUUCCCGGCCAUUACUUCGAGACCACCGACGCUAACGGCGCAAAGGUCGAGUACAACCUCGUCGACGGCGGUGUAGCAGCAAACAAUCCGACUCUUGUCGCGAUUAGCACGGUGACGCAGAGGAUGGUGACUAAGGAUCCGAAGUUCUUGUUAGAUAAUUCGUCGAACCAGGCACUUGGGUGCCACCGGUUCUUGAUAUUGUCGAUUGGCACCGGCACGGCGAAGUACGGUUCCAAGUACACGGCGAAGCAGGCGGCGGCGUGGGGUGUUUUGGGGUGGCUGUCUCAAGGAGACGGUAACCCUUUGAUUGAUGUGUUCUCCGAUGCAAGUUCCGAUAUGGUGGAUUAUCAUCUCGCCACCAUUUUCCGAGCCCUUAAUGCCGGAGAUAACUAUCUCCGCAUUCAGGAGGAUAAUUUACAAGGGACAGCAUCCUCGGUGGAUGUUUCGACAACAGAAAACUUGAAUGCGCUUGAACAAAUUGGGAAAAACUUGUUGAAGAAAGCAGUGUCGAAGUUGAAUAUGUUUACAGGGCAAUAUGAACCAGUGGAUGGCGCUGGAACAAACCAAGAAGCUCUGAAAAGGUUUGCUAAAGUGCUCUCUGACGAGAGAAAACGCCGAAUCGCCGCUGCUGCCACCGCUGCCCAGUAAUUGAUAAGGGAAAUCCGUAACGGUUACCCGAAAUCACUUCUUUAAUUACAUAAUAAUGAGAUUGAGUGCCUUUUAUUUUCUGGUUCUUGAAAUGUACUUGUCAUGAAAACAAUAAAGGUUUAUAUUGCCUUUUCCGUAUUGUACAAUCUUUUAAGUUUUAAGUUUUAACAACAUUAUAAUGAGAA